AAAUGCUGCGUCCACGAGCCCUGUCAGGCUGCUGCAUGUGAACCAGAAGAAGAAGAAAACGAAGAAGAAGAAGAAGAGGGUAGACGACUGUGUGUGUGCGGUGGACGUGGCUUGUGAGUGCACCUUGAACCGCUUCGUCUCCUCCUCGCCACCGGCCGCUCCGUCAGGAUGGCGUUAACGAUCUGUACGAGGUUCACCGAUGAAUACCAGCUGUUCGAGGAGCUGGGGAAGGGGGCGUUCUCUAUCGUCAGGAGGUGCGUGAAGAUCUCCAAUGGACAGGAGUUUGCUGCCAAAAUCAUCAACACCAAGAAGCUUUCUGCCAGAGAUCAUCAAAAGCUGGAGAGGGAGGCGAGGAUUUGUCGUCUACUGAAGCACCCGAACAUCGUACGACUCCAUGAAAGCAUAUCAGAAGAGGGUUUCCACUAUCUGGUGUUUGAUCUCGUCACAGGAGGAGAGCUGUUUGAGGAUAUCGUAGCCAGGGAGUACUACAGCGAGGCCGAUGCCAGCCACUGCAUACAGCAGAUCCUGGAGAGUGUCCAUCACUGCCAUGUUAAUGGGAUCGUCCACAGGGACCUGAAGCCUGAGAACCUUCUAUUGGCCAGUAAGCUGAAGGGGGCGGCGGUCAAGUUGGCUGACUUUGGGCUUGCUAUCGAGGUGCAGGGGGACCAGCAGGCAUGGUUCGGUUUUGCCGGUACCCCGGGCUACUUGUCUCCAGAGGUUCUGAGGAAAGACCCAUAUGGGAAAGCAGUGGACAUGUGGGCCUGUGGUGUGAUUUUGUACAUCCUGCUGGUGGGCUACCCUCCUUUCUGGGACGAGGAUCAGCACCGUCUCUACCAACAAAUUAAGGCCGGGGCCUAUGAUUUCCCAUCCCCAGAGUGGGACACUGUUACUCCUGAUGCCAAAGAUCUGAUCAACAAGAUGUUAACUAUCAAUCCCAGUAAACGCAUCACUUCUGCGGAGGCUCUCAAACACCCUUGGAUCUGCCAACGGUCCACUGUGGCCUCCAUGAUGCACAGGCAGGAGACUGUGGAGUGCCUGAAGAAAUUCAACGCCAGGAGGAAACUCAAGGGAGCCAUAUUGACCACUCUGCUGGUCACAAGAAACUUCUCAGCAGCCAAGAGUUUGCUCAACAAGAAAGCAGACGCCGUUAAGGCCAACAACAAAGCCAACACAGUGACCAGUCCUAAAGACCCUGCCCCUGCACUGGAACCGCAGACAACUGUCAUUCACAACCCUGUGGAUGGAAACAAGGAGUCCGUUGAGAGUGCAAACACCACCAUAGAGGAUGAAGAUGUUAAAGCUCGCAAACAGGAAAUUAUCAAAGUCACUGAGCAGUUGAUCGAGUCUAUCAACAACGGAGACUUUGAGGCCUACGCGAAGAUAUGUGAUCCUGGACUGACUUCCUUCGAACCCGAGGCCUUGGGAAACCUGGUGGAGGGACAUGACUUCCAUCGCUUUUACUUUGAGAAUGCCCUGUCCAAAGGGAAUAAGCCCGUGCACACCAUCCUCUUGAAUCCACAUGUGCACCUUAUCGGGGAGAACGCAGCGUGUAUCGCCUACAUCCGCCUGACCCAGUACAUGGACGCCAGCGGCAUGCCCCGCACCAUGCAGUCUGAGGAGACCCGUGUGUGGCACCGCCGCGACGGCAAGUGGCAGAACAUCCACUUCCACCGCUCUGGCUCCCCCAGCAUCCCUUCCCAUUAAUGGAAUAUCAACAUUUGGUCCAAAAAAACAAAAUAAAAAUCAGCAAAUCAAGCCGGGCAGUGACAACCAACCCAUGCCUGCACUCUGACCUUUUGACCCUCUUAUAAGGAUAUAACAUCGCACAGGACACUAAGUAUUAAUACAUUUUACUGUUAUGGCAUUUUAUUAAUGGACAUCAUUCGAAACCACCACCCGGUGGCGGCACACUGUAUUUGGACAUUAUGAAACAAGCAUAUUGAAAACAUUUGUUUGUUUGUUUUUUAAGAUGUU